CUCUCAACCCCAUACCUCAAACCUCAUUAAUUUCUUCAAACAAAACAUAAAAUCCGCCAUGGCCAAAGGAGGGAAGCUCACCAAGAUCAAAUCAGCCGUCCUCAAGAAAAUGCAGUCUUUCAAGCUAAGCCGCGGCACCGGCGGCAGCUCCGUCGUCGUCGCCGCUACCAACUCCUUCUCCGACGACGACGAGCACUUCUCCGGCGCCGCCUCUUCUAAGGACCUCCACCCGGUGUACGUGGGCAAAUCUCGCCGCCGGUACCUGGUCGGCGCCGACAUUAUCGACCACCCCCUUUUCCGGGAACUGGCGGAGCGGUCCGGCAGCUACUCCGACGAGUCGAUCGCCGUCGGAUGCGAAGUGGUGCUGUUCGAACACUUGCUGUGGAUGCUGGAGAAUGCCGAUCCCCAGCCCGAAUCCCUAGACGAGCUCGUCGAUUUUUACGCCUGUUAAUUCAUUCAUUAUAUAUAUUAUGUCUAUUCAUCGCGAAUUGAAGUGUACUCCAUUGAUCGAUUAAUGGUCGGUAGCUGAGAAAUAACUAUUAUGUGGCGGCGGAGCCGCCGCCAGAGCUGUUUUUAUGUGUGGUCCUGACCGGCCUCCCCACCGGCCACCACCCUUUUCCAGAUACAGUAUAUAUUUGUACAUUCUUUUUUCAAGAAAUAAAUUUAUUGUUUUUAUUUCAAA